GUAAUGGGACUUCUAUUGUUCUGUGGAGCUGCUGCACGUGUAGCACGUGUUGUUUUCGUGUGUCUCCCAUAAGGUAUUUUGUUUAAUAGUAAGUUUAGAUAUAUGUAUUUUCCAUAAAAAUGAUGUAAAGUGAUGCGUGUUUGUGCGUGGUUAAUGCGUAGUUUUGGCGGUUAUGUUCGAUAUUGUAAAUCGAAUAAAUUAUUCUUAGUGUUGGUUUUUAUUUAUUUUAUUUUAUUUAAGUUUCCUCGAUAUUUUAGUUUGUUGGGGUUUUUAUGUUUUCUUCUGUGGGUGCAGGUUAUGUUGGUUAUGGACAUGGAACUACCUGCAUUUGUCCAACCUGUACAACACGAGAGGAGGAGAGAUUCCAAAAAUGUGUGGAUGGCUCGUGAAGACGAUACAGAUGACUGUGCGAAGGCUCACUUCCCUGAGGAGACUUCUGCCGGAGUCCUGGAUGUUCUCCUGUGUCGCCGCUCUUUUGGUUUUGGUGAUUAUGAUUUUAAAUGGUGAAUACGGAGGUGUCUUCGUCAAAGGUUCCUUAUGCAGAUUGUCCCAGUGCGUACUUUGUUUUGUUUUAUUAUUUUUAAUUUGUCUUGUGUCAUUCAUCUUUUAUUUACUAUAUGUGUUGUUUCAGCGCAAGAGGAAGACGGGUUCCAAAAUGUGUGAGUGGUCCCAGAAGGCUUAGUCAACGUGUGAAGUGUCGUGGGCAAGAACGAAGAAUCGUGUGACAUUUGUGUUGAUUAUGUUCGAUGCUGAUUUAUAUAUAUAUAUAUA